AUGAGUGUUGCACCACGUGGUAAUCACGCGAAAUUGAUCGCGCUGUUCGCUGUUCUCGCAUGCUUAUCGAAUUUCCAGGAUUCGUACCCGAAUUCGUAUCCAAAUACUGCAUAUGGCUCAUUUCAAACAUUCAUCAACGAUAGUUACAUCGAUCGUGGCUCUCCAGGAGGAUUGACCGAAACACAAUUUUCGUGGCUAUGGAGUGCGAUGCUGAAUAUUUGGGCAAUUGGCUACCUAACGGGCACAUUCGUAGCGCCGUUUUUCACAGAGCGAUUCGGUAGAAAAUUUACGCUGAUUGGUGCGAAUACGGGAUCGAUUGUGGGUACAAGUUUGGCCAUAGUUGCGGUAUCUUGUGAAGUACCUGAACUUUUAUUCACGGCCCGCUUAUGCUCGUCGCUUAUGAGUGGUAUCAGUUGUUCGGCACUCUUCCUCUUUCUUCAGGUUAUUUUAUGGAUCAUCGCAUUUUUAGCUCGCUAA